AUGAUCUUUGAAUCCAAGUAUCCUCUACCCUCCGUGCCUAAGACGGAUGUAUUCAACUACAUCUUCCACCGGGGCCGACGACCAUAUCCAUGGAGCCGAGUACUCUAUCGCGUCGAUCAGACUGGUGACACCCUGACACUGGCUGAGCUCGAGGAGAAAAGCCGACGCUUCGCUGAUAUUCUUCGCUCGGAAUAUGAUAUCAUGCCCAGAGAUGUAGUUGGCAUUCUCGCCAAGGACAGGAUCCAAUAUCCGAUCGCAUAUUUUGGUGCUUUGGCCGCCGGAGCUACGGUGGCGCUCAUCCCUGUGCAACAAGAGUUGUCCGAGACGGACAUUGCGGCUCGACUAUUCCAGUCGCAAGUGAAGCUACUCAUCACCGACAGCGACCUGCUACUCCUGGCCGAGGUGUCCGCGAACUUAGCCGGUGCUGUUCGCCUGAUCACGCUUGAUGACAGCCCUAACCAACUAUGGGCAUCACUGGAGCGCCUUAUUCCACGCGGCCGCCCUGAUGCUGACCACUUCCGACUGGAAUCGGAGGCCAGCGCAGAGGAUUCUGAUGCCUUUCUGAACCGCACCAGCGGAUCCACGGGGAAUGUCAAGUCUGUGUUAACCAGCCACGCCCAUUUCAUCGCCACGAUGGAGGGUACUGUCGGUACGGUACCAGACAACACGGACCCGGACCAGGAUGUGUGGCUCUCUCCCAUCUCACUGGGAUUCUUCAUUAACGCCAAGCUCCACAUGGGUCUCAACAUCCUUCUAGGAAUUCCCGUGGUGCUCAUGAAUGGUCCUCUCGAUGAAACAACCGUCGGUGUGAUCGACCGACAAAAGAUCAGCUUUCUCUUUAUCACGCCCCCCAUCGCAGCCCGCCUGGCACGGGCAGACCUGAAAGCGUCCGGGGUCGACGUCAGUAGUGUUAAGUGGCUCCUCACGGCUGGCGCCCCCAUGCACGAAAACCUACGACAGACUGUUUCUAACCAAUUUGGGGGCGUUCACCUGGACCUCGAAUGGGGUGCGUCCGAGACCAUGCUCAUUGCGAUCCAGCGGGACGAUGAUUCCCGCCGCAGUGGCUUCAGUGGCACGCUGGUGAACGGAAUGCAAGCCAAAGUCAUCAGCACGAGCACCGGUCAGGAACUGGGGCCGGGCGAGUCUGGCGAGAUCUUGGUGCGCAAUCAGCUGUGCCGAUUUAAGGGCUACAAAGACAAUGAGGUCGCCAAUCGCGACUUCGACUCCGAGGGCUGGUUCCACACGGGAGACUAUGGGUACCUUGAUGAGAACUGCAACGUAUUCAUCAUGGAUCGGAUCAAGGAGCUCCUUAAGGUCGGGGGCGGUUAUGGGACGCACAUCUCUGCCGCUGAGCUGGAGGGUGUUGUCUUCGAGCACCCCGCCGUUGCCAGUGUUGUGGUGGUGGGCAUUCGCAACGACUUCACCCAAUUGGAUGAGCCUACGGCGUUCGUCAUCCCCAAGCGCGAGGAUCAUCAGAAUCUCCAGCGCACCGAGCAGCUGGAGCAGGAUAUUCUACAUUUCGCCAACCAAAAGCUCGCUGGGCUUCGGAAGCUGACGGGUGGUGUCCAAUGUCUCUCUCACUUUCCUACGACUGGUUUCAAGAUCAAUCGGAGGCAACUCAAGCAAAUGCGCCAUGGGACGCGUAAUAAUGUGGCGACUGGACUGUUUCCCUCUGUUCCAAAUUAUGUACAGACCGAGCGCCUCUUCGACGCAACGCCAAUGGACCCAGGAUAUGACCUGAAGAUUCUAUUCUCAGGUCUGCUCGGUAUCGGGGAUCCGGUCCGCUACCAAUGCCAUUGCGUACACGACAGCCCCGCCAAGCCCAUCCCCUUUUAG